CGUGUUCUACCUGCGGGUUUCAGUCAGAGGAGCUCAUCUGACCGGUGGGCUUCCUGCUGAUGCUUCAUCGCUCCGAAUUGCUUUGAGUUACGCAGAAAAAAAGCUGUUUGUAAACACAGAGAUAGCUUUGUGUGUUUUUAGAAAGCUGAUGUAAAACAAAGUUGACAGAGGUUGGUAUGCACACUACAAUUAAUUCAGAAGAAAAUGACGAUAUUUUGUGUACUUUGUUUACCGAUUGUACCAUAGCAAACGAUUGGUGAGAACAUCUGACACUUUCAGAGUCAACUACUGAAAGUUUCAGAAUAUAAAAGUUACGGUUAUUUAUGGACGCUUAAUUUGUCUUCCUUGUAUUACAGUAGAGAUUUGGCAAAUUGAUCAUGUAGGUCUUUGCUUUUUCUUUGACACCCUGAACAAACAGAGCUGGACUCUAAACAGAUCUCAAAGUUUACAGCCUUUUUAAAUUUGAGUGGACUUUGAAAAGGACAACAAAAGAAGUGGUCUUGGUGUGCUGAAGCAUGUUUUUACCAAGAUCUGUUAAAGUCAAGAGGACUGCUGAUGAGGACAAAAGUUGUACAGCUAAGAAAAAUAGAUUGUCUUCUGGAGGGUCUUUGCUAGAGGAGACCAUCGAGUUCCAAGACUGUAAGUCAGAUAGAACAGAAACUUCUGCUUCAAAAUGCAAUUUGAAUGAAGUUGUACAAGAAUGUACAGAACAUAUAGCUGGAGACCUUGGUGUUGCUAAUACAACUUUGGGAAAGGACAACCAAAAUACUGAUGAAGAUAGCUCUUCGGAAGAACCCAUAAAAUCCUUCAGCAAAUCUCAGCGUUGGGCAGAACCUGGAGAACCUGUAUGUGUUGUGUGUGGUCGCUUUGGAGAGUAUAUCUGUGAUAAAACAGAUGAAGAUGUUUGUAGCUUGGAAUGUAAAGCCAAACACCUUCUACAAACUCAAGCAAAGGAAAAAAAGCUAAAAUCUGAUCAACUCACAAAAGCAGAAUCUCAAGCAGAAACUCACCUGCUUAAUACACCUUAUUUCUACAAAGAUCAUUCCUUUAUUUUAGGUUUGCGAGAUGAGCAGAUUGAGAACCUUAAACUGCAGCUAGGUAUUGCUGUCCAGGGCCAGCAAGUUCCAAGACCUAUUGUAGAGUUUGAACACUGUGGUUUUCCUGAAACUUUAAACCAUAAUUUAAAGAAUUCUGGCUAUGAAGUCCCAACUCCCAUCCAAAUGCAAAUGAUCCCUGUUGGACUAUUGGGGAGGGAUAUUGUGGCUAGUGCAGACACUGGCUCCGGAAAAACAGCAGCCUUCCUACUCCCUGUUAUUAUGAAGGUUUUGAAAGAGACAGAAACUCCAUCCGCCCUUAUUUUGGCACCAACAAGGGAGUUAGCAAUUCAGAUAGAGACACAAGCUAAAGAACUGAUGGCUGGUUUACCAAACAUGAGAACAGUUCUCCUUGUAGGAGGUUUACCAUUGCCACCACAGCUUCACCGUCUCAAGCAAAGUGUUAAGGUUAUAAUAGCAACACCUGGAAGACUUCUUGAGAUCUUAAAGCAAAGUUCUGUUCAACUGCAUGGCAUAAAAAUUGUAGUGGUGGACGAAGUAGAUACCAUGUUAAAAAUGGGUUUCCAGCAGCAAGUGUUGGAUAUUUUGGAAGACAUCUCUCAUGAUCAUCAAACCAUACUGGUGUCAGCCACAAUUCCAGUGGGCAUUGAAAACUUAGCAAAUCAGCUUCUGCACAAUUUUGUAAGAAUAACAAUUGGAGAAAAGAAUCUGCCGUGUUCCAAUGUUCGCCAAAUUAUCUUGUGGGUAGAAGAACCCUCUAAAAAGAAAAAGCUGUUUGAAAUACUAAAUGAUAAGAAACUCUUCAAGCCUCCAGUGUUGGUAUUUGUGGACUGUAAGUUAGGAGCAGAUCUGUUGAGCGAUGCUGUUCAUAAGAUUACAGGAUUGCAGUGUACAGCUAUGCAUUCUGAAAAGUCUCAGGUGGAAAGAACAGAUAUAUUACAGGGAUUACUUGAAGAGAAGUAUGAAGUUAUAGUAAGCACUGGAGUCCUUGGACGAGGGCUUGACCUUGUCAAUGUCAAACUGGUAGUAAAUUUUGAUAUGCCUUCAAGUAUGGAUGAAUAUGUACAUCAGGUUGGAAGAGCAGGGAGGUUGGGUCACAGUGGAACUGCAAUUACUUUUAUCAAUAACAACAGCAAGAAGCUCUUUUGGGAUGUUGUGAAGAGAGUAAAACCAACGGGCACCAUUCUUCCCCCGCAGCUGCUGAAUUCCCCGUAUCUUCAUGACCAAAAGAGAAGGGAACAACAGAGACUUAAACAAUUACAGAAUAGCCUUGUAACAGGAGAUAAUAUUAUGGACAUUAUUAGAAAACACGACAAAAAUAAUUCUCAGAGGUAAUAAAGAUAUAGUUAUGUAAUUAUAAUGAAAGUGUGAUUAAAAAUAAACAUGGAAUUAUGA